GUUAUUUGCUUGGUCGUCACACGCUUAUCGAGCAAGUCAUUGUUUAUCGACUUGAAUCGCCCACCAAGGACGUUUUCGCCCAUGCGAUCAUGACUUUCGCCCUCUUAUAGCCCUACGCUCUGUACUUGUAUCCAUACUGUUCCAGCGCUCUACCACAACCAACGACUUGCGAUGCUUGUGCGAGCAAGAGCCUCGCGGCGCGCCACGGCGACAGCGCCGUCCUUCCUGUCCACUCCCUCCCGAAUCGCAAGCCACCCACGAUCACUUCAACCCGUCCGGUCGAUAUCUCUCUGGCCAUUUCAACGACGAGCUCCCGGCAACGUCGCGCCUCUGCCAGUCUUUUUCCCCACGCCUCCCGAACCUUCGUUUGCGAGGAGAUGGUCUUCCUACCUGUUGCGGCGGGCACGCUACGCUCUCUUCUGCCUGCUGGUAUACUAUCUAAUGUGGAAGAUUUUCUUCCACUAUGUUCUGAGGCCGUACAUAGAGUGGGAAGAGGCAGAGUGGGACUCCUUGUCGGAGAAGGAGAAGAAGGAUCUGGAGAAGCUGGUACAAGACACAGAAGGAGGCGAACGCUCGGUCCUGUUCCUGGCGUUUCCCUUCACGAUAAAGCAAGAGGAACAACCGUUAUACGAUGGUUCAGACCCAGUGUGGAAGUUAUACCGGGAUUUCGACAAGGAUGAGAAGGCAAAGGAGUAUGUAAAACAACUCCUUGCCGACGGCAUAACACCAGGCAUUGCCAAACAUCCCGUGCUCUCUAGGUAUACUGGCAAAGGCCCAAAGGUGGUACGAAAGUGGUUAUUCAUUGGGUACCCUCAGCGGCCGCCACCCCUGCGUUGGGUAAGAGGGCUCAUGAUCGACGACGAAGGCAUCGCCAUCGCUGACCGCAUGGUGGACCCAGCCGAUGUAAAGGCAAUGGAAGCGAUGCAGUACCCCACGGCAGCCGCGAUGGCGGUCUGGACGUAUAUAAAGAUAAUGACGCGCUGCACGCUGUCGGACGCGGCGUGGGCUCUAGGCCUGGGCUCCGGCAAGGAUCCCAAUCGUGCAAGGCCUCAGAUCGCUUUGACCUACGACAAGUCGCAGGUACCCGAUUUGCCAAAUGAUGCCCCCGACCUGUUCCGCGUCCAGAGACCCCUCAAGGUAGAACUCCACGUACCACCACCAGUCGUCAGGCCUUUGGGAGACAUUGCUAGCAGCGUCAAACCGGCCUCCCCCACACCAGAGAGAAGCAACGAGACAGUACAGGUGAUGAGCGCAAACGCGACUGAAGCACUCAUAGCGUCUAGGGCAGUCUACAGAAAGCACGCGGGAUCGAAGAUCACUGAAGCCCCAUUGGGCGCCAUCACGGUGUCUGGCGUGUUGGAGGUGCAAGGGCAAACGGGAUCCGUCGUCCUUUCAGUCGCAUCGCAUUACGACUUUCCGAACAAGAGAUUCGUGAACACGAGGUGGGGUUUGCUCUCGGGUUCGCCGUGGAAUAACAAGCCAAAAGGGAAUCCAUAGCGGUGAUACAGCUUCAGGAGACUGGACGUUUGACCUUGGAAUGGCUGACACACCACACGAAGCGUUGAGAAGGAAGUCGGUCGACAUAUGGUACGGUUCAGAGGUUAGGAAGUUAGGUUUCGGCAUAGCGUU